UGUCCCGUCGUCGCUAUCACCGUUGCUCCUUGGGAAAAUGACGAGACACGUCUGAAUUGGCAAGAAAUUUCGGAUAUGAUGAUGGAAUUGACUUGGGGGAUUUACAAAAAUGACUUUAAAUGUCAUUUUUACUUGGGUUUUUCUUAACCUCUAAGAAAAAACUCUGCUUUAUCCCUCUCUCUCUCUCUCACAGCUCGAUACAGGUGACCGAAAGUUUCCUCAUCAUCCAUGGAAGAGCCUCUCCUUUCAGCCGAGAAAAAGAGGGAAUCGGAGAAAUGGGGUUCGUACCAGUACUUGCAGAGAACUGGGUCCUCAAUCCGUAACGCUUCCAUCGCCGGAGCCGGCGUCACCGUAGAAGAAAUCCGAUCGGCUUCCUCUGUUCCCGACCCUCCCGCCCUCUACCCUCCAGUCAUCAGUACGCCCGUCUCAAUACCAAUCGAUCAAGCUGUUGGUUACCCGAGUGCAUAUGGGCCAGGUCCUGAACUCCAAAGGCAGAUUUUCGAUGAAGUGGAAAUAAGAGAGCUGCUAAUUGAUCAUGUUGGUCAUCGUUGCUGUUGGGGAAGCCGUCCAGCUCGUAGAUGGAAGAUUCACGCUGUGGAGGACUGCAAUGUCUAUGUUGGGACUCUCGAUACUUUCAUUGAGGAGAGGGAAAUCGUGAAACAGACCGUGCCUUUCACCGGUGGAAAUAUCAAUGGGAAGAAACUCGGAGCUGAACCCGGGAUUUGGGAGCUUGAUCUGAAGUCGGAGUUUCCUUCUCUCUUCAUCCCGUAUAAGGAAACCCAAAUCCCAAUUCCUAAUUCCGAGACUGUCGAGAAAUGCCAUGGUUGCACAGGAAGAGGAGAGGUAAUCUGCCCAAUGUGUAAUGUGAACGCAGAGCCAGGGUUUUACAAGGAAAAUCAGACGAUGACGUGCUCUGCUUGCUAUGGAAGGGGAUUGAUUGCUCAUAGAGAUGGAUCCGACACAAUAUGCAUUUCCUGUAAUGGCAAGGGCAAGCUUCCGUGCCCAACUUGCCAGUCUCAUGGGUUGAUAAAAUGUCAGACCUGCAAUGGAAGUGGCUCUCUUUCGACGAGCAGUAUCGCCACUGUGAGAUGGAAGACGUUGUCCACCCGAAAGGUGAGUGCAAGGAGCGGUGCUGCAUCAGUCCCGGACGAGGUCUUCCACCGAGCGCAAGGAGUGCAGCUCAGCAACACUCAGGCUUACCAAUGCACGCCCGCUUACUUUGCCGACUCCUACUUCCUCAACAAGUUCUCGUCGGACGUUAUCUCGAUGAGAUCCCCCGUCCCGCCGACCGCUAACGUUGUCUGCGAGAGACAUACCGUAUCUGUCGUGCCCGUGACCCGAGUCACUAUGUCUGAUCGCGGGAAAGCGUUCAACUUCUACAUCAUCGGUUUCGGGAAGGAGGUUUACUUGAAAGAUUACUACCCUGCUAGGUUCUGCUGGGGUUUUUGUCCUUGUCUUGAAUGGUUGAAGGUUUAGAUAACAAAGCAAAUGCCUUCACUGGUGGUGAUCUACGUGUGAGAAACCCGUUGUCUGUAACAGGGUCGAGUGUGUCUUAAUGUCUGUUUUUCAAGUGUGGGUUCCUACGGUAAUUCAGCCCUUUCUUUUCUUGGAAGGGUUGGUAUGAGAAAAAUGAAUGAACGUGAAUCUUGAAUGUUUCUUCGACAA